UUAAGUAGGUUGAUUAGCGGUAUCGUAACAGUAUUUAGGCCUAAUCAUUAUUUCACGUCUUGACAAGACUCAGUGCUAUAAUGAAAGUAAUUUGUAACAUCUAGAAACGCAAUAUUGUUUUUAUUUCUAUAAGCAGGGUCUUCCACAGCCGCCAUAAGUAUGACAUUGUCACAUUUUAUAGUAUUUAACUUGACUUGUUCCCCAGAAGAAAUAAUUCUGUCGUCUACCGUGAACUACAAAAUAUUAGAACCGAUGUCAUUGACAACCAACAGUUCCAACAGUAUGCAAAUAUUAGAAAAUAAAAGUGUUACACAAAGACCCAGAUGGUUAAAUUUACCGAAGGCUAUUUCAAAGUUUUUUUCAAGAAACAGAUUGGUUGACACUGUGGAUGGCAAAGAAGUCCAAGAAAUUAUGGCCAAAUCCUCAACGACACCCCAGUUGACAGCAAAUUCUAAUAUUAUUGCAGAAUGGAUGAGAUUUCCUUUUACGGAAGAUAAGCAGACGCUUAAAUUCAUUAAGGAAUCAAAAAUUAUGUUUGUAAUAAGAGGUCUAUCUGGAUCGGGAAAAUCAACGCUCGUUCGACAUCUUCAGUCAAUUUAUCAUGAUAGUAUUGUUUGCUCCGCUGAUAAUUAUUUCAUGAAAGACGGAAUUUACUGUUUCGAUCAGGAAAAAUUAUCGUCUGCUCAUGAACACUGUAAAGAAAUCGCUAAAAAAGCAUGUGUUGAAAACAGAAAUGUUGUCAUUAUCGAUAACACCAAUGUUCGUUAUUGGGAAGCCAAGCCCUACUUCAAUAUAGCAUCAAAUUAUAACUAUAUUAACAUCGUGGCAUCCCCGAAGACACCAUGGAAAUUAGACGCUAAAGAAUUAUCUCAAAGAAAUAAACACGAUGUUGAUUUAAUCACCAUCCAAAGAAAAGUUAACUCAUUUAAAGAUUUUAUUCCAUUCUAUUACGGGUGGUUUGUAAAUGAACAGUUAUCAGUCAGGUUGUUAUCUAUGGGAAGAGAUUAUUUUAAAGAGUGUUUAGAGUUAUAUCCCUUGUUUAAACAACAUCUACAAACUUUAUGUCCUGACAAUACAGAUGGAAAUCUCAUCAAGGAUUAUUUCCCAGAACAUCCGAAGAGAAAAAUUCUACACUGUACGUCAAGAUAUGUUGGUAAAGGUCGCGCAGAGGGCGGGAAAGAAUACCACCAGAGAGAAGAUGUACAAAACUCAUAUGGCAAAGUAUUCAUAGUAACUCUAUAUGGCUUCAUUAUCACUGACAAAACUCUGGGUGCUCGAAUUCAUCUUCCACAAGAAGCUCUCGUGUUAUUUGAUAAUCCAGAGGAGAGACAGCGAGAUAUGGCUUCUUCACCAUUGAAAUCCCAAGUCUCUCCAAGAAAAACAUCCAGACAUUCUCCUUUGAAAUCCCCAGUGUCUCCUAGAAAAACACCCAAACAAUCUCCUUUGAAACCACCAGUGCCUCCAAGAAAGCAAUUUGAUACCAAUGCAAAAUUUGAUGAAUGUAUCAGGGGAAUUUCAUUAUUAAAAACUUCUUCAUCUCAGUCAAAAGAAAACUUGUCUUUGAAAAGUGAAAGUAAAGACGUAGCAGCAAUAACUACACUCUUCCCUUUAGUUCGUCCCAAGUCACGUGGGAGAGCAGCUCAUAUGACACUUGGUAUAGCAGAUAAAAUACAAUCCAAACAAACUACCAUAGACUUAUUAGAUAUCUGUGAUAUAGAAAAAUCUUCCUCAGCUACUCCACAUGAUUUUCAGCAUGUAAGAGAAGGAAAGUCUCGAUUCUAUGAUGACAGCCAUUGUUGUAUUUAUCUUGAUAAACCUUAUAAUAUUCCUGUUUUAUUUAGUGGAUCAUACUGAACACUCAUUACAAUAUUGACCCUACUACACCUUGUCCAGAAUCAGUAGUUUGUCCCAGCAGAGAAAUGAAAUGAAAUGAAAUGGAGUUUAACCCCAGCAGAGAGAGAGAGAGAGCGAGAGAGAGAGAGAGAGAGAGUGAGAGAGAUGGGGUUUAACUCCACUCCACUCGACACAAACUAGGUCAUUUUGGGACUAUCAUAUGGUUUAACAUACACCUCAGUAUUUUUCGUCCCAGCAUCAAAUUUAAUAUGUUUAGUGAAAUUAGUUUAAUAUAGGCCCUACUGCUUUGGUUUGAUUCAGUCCUCAUGCUGGUUUUUAAAUGACUGUUCAUGAUGAUCAGUGAGCGGCGAGUCAUUAUUUUUGCACUUAGAAAAUGGAUGAAAAUUUUCUAAACUCUAACAAAGAACAUAUUGUAUUAUAUUUGGAUGCUGGAAUGAAUGUGAUAAUUAUUCUUUAAUUGUGAUUUAAACAAGACCUUUGCUAUUUUAAUUUGUUGAAAACUUAUUUAACCUGUUAAAUAUGUAUUGUACUGAGUGAUUGUUAACUCCAGUGAUUGUUAAAUCUGUUUAAUGGGUAUUGAACUGAGUGAUUAUUAAUUUGAGUAAUUGUUAAAUCUGUUAAAUGGGUAUUGAACUGAGUGAUUUUUAAUUUAGUGAUUGUUAUAUCGAGUGAUUGUUAAAUCUGUUAAAUGUGCAUUGAGCGGAGUGAUUGUUAAAUUUGUUAAAUAGUUAUUGAACUGGAUGGUUGUUAUGGAGUGAUUGUUAAAUGUGUAUUGAACUGGGUGGUUGUUAUGGAGUGAUUGUUAAAUCUGUUAAAUGUGUAUUGAAUUGGGUGAUUGUUAAAUCGAAUGAUUGUUAAAUUUGCUAAAUGGGUUUGGCACUAAUUAAUUGAAAUCCUUUAAAGAUACCUUCCCGCGUACAAACUGUGUGAUUUGAUGAUAUAUUUGGACUAAAAACAUAUUCAAACUAAUUCAUCUAUCAAAAUUGUGCUUCAAAUCCUUCUCAAAACACUGUUUUUAAGAAAUCUAUUAAAAGAAGUCAUGUUUGUGUCACAUGACUUGGCUGACGCAGUACCUAGCAACAGGUGCAAAACCGGAGGAAAAUUCAUUGCAUAUACAAGACAAUGUUUUCUUUAAUCGCUAUCCAUUUAUCAUAAAUAUCGAAGCCUAAUUAAAUUCUUGGAUUAUCCACUGCCCAGGUCUUUUUCCGUGGUUUUUAUCUCAGAAAUUGUUGUACAUAUACGCUCUUCAUCAAGUUUAUCAACAUGUACAUCAAGCGCUCACUAACGCUGAGAGAUCAGACAAUCUUUGUGUGCAACAUUGACAUCACACGAGCAGACAUUUGUAAUCGUCGGGCUGCCGGUUAGGGAAAACCAUACAUUUUUGUUCUCUAUGCGCUUCAUGGGUGUUUUUCAGGGAAUCCAGUAUUUUUCUAGUAAGAUUGGAUAUUUCUACUUUCCAUAUAUACCAAAAUUGCCAUACUUUUAUUGGAAAUAACCACCCGAUAAAUACUUGCAAUAUUUAAUUAGAAAUGCAAUCGUUUAUUGCAUUUAUUUUAGAGAUUAACAUAUUUUGAUGUUAUAUUUAUAAUAAACUUUUAGUAAAUGUUCUUGAAUGGAUAUAUAUUUAUUUGUAUGAUUGAAAAUGCAUGUUAAUCCAGUUUUAUCUUUAAAAUAUGUUUUAUUUAAUUAAGAAUUGAAUUUUUUUCAUUGUGGAAUUUUAGAGAUUUUAAAACAUUUUCUUUUACCUUCGAUGGCCUACACUACAUGAAGAUCUGACAAGUUGUAGCGAUAGGUCGCGUCACAGGUCAUACGAGCGGCUUUUGACCCUAUGACGUCAGACAUUUCAUUAACCAAUCAGCAUUGAUGUUUCUAAUGGAUUAUCCACAGUUCCGUGCAAAACAUGCCUAAAGUUCGCCGUAACAGACCGUUUCAUUGGCUAAUCCCUAACACUAUCCAGAACAGACAAUGGUAACAACUCUUCCAGAUCCUAGUGUAGUAAAGACAAGUAAAACAAAAUUUUAAACUAUAAAAAAUGAAACGAAAUAGGAUCUGUGUUUUAACCAGAUUGAACAUUUUUUAAUACAAUAUUUAUUAACAAUUUUUUAAUAUUUAUUAACAAUUUUUUUAGAAAAAAGUUUUAUUUGAUUAAGGAUUGUAAUUGUUCAUUUAUAUAAAUUUGAUAUUAAAA